AUGGCCUCGUCUUCGUAUUUUGCAAAGCCGCAACGCCAGAAUGGUCUACAUCGAGGUCGUUUAUCUAUCAGCAACGCUCUCCCCGUAUACUCCUCCUCCUCCUCCGCCGUUCAAGAAAAAUAUGCAAGAAGAGCCCAACUCUCUCCUUGGUGGAUUCCGGUCUCUGUCGCCAUCCCAGGUUUGCGAACGCGUCGCCUUCGUAUUCUUGUCUUGAAUCCUCGGCGUGUUCAUGACUUUAGUAUGACGCGUUUUGGCCGCAAGAGGGGUUCUCUUCUCUUAUGUCUUGCAAUCAUGGCCAUAGUCUUUGCCACCUUUGCGCUAGCUAAACGGUUUGGCACACAUGCUAAGCAAUGGCCAACACCCUUCACCGGUGACCAGCCCACUCUGGUAUACAAGCGUGAGGACCUGCAGCGAAUCUGGCAGUGGGAAAUUGAUAGUGGACACUACCCAAGUCGGCGAAAUAUACCGAUACAGCUCAAACUCAAAAAGACACCAGAGAACCCAGCCCUUGACUCACAACGGCCAUCUAUCCCCUCCCGAUUUCGACCUCCUUCCGGACCAUAUGCAACAAAUACGCGAGGUGUGGGUCCCCGUCGAGUUUACCUGGAUGUCCAGGCUCAGCCACCAAUGGUCGCAUACCCCCCGCGGCCGGCCCCCGGAAGCAUCGCAGAUUUAGACACUGUGAUGGACCAUUGUGACUUUUCUGAAAAGAAGUUUGUGCGUGACUGUUUAGAGGUCCUUCGUGUUGGAGCUGGGCUUGACAACGGCAAGCGUGUAAGGAGGGGAAAAUUUGAUGAUUGGAAAUAUGUGUUUGUGGAAGAAGACGACAGGUCCGCACACAUCGCUCGCUCUUUGGACGAGGAAACGGCAGACAUUAAUGAAGCUUCGGACCCCGGGGUAACGAAAAUUGAUGAUGGUUCAGACCCAGAUAGCGGGCUUACGAAAAAGCGCGGUGUACCUUGGGAAACACCUCCGAUCCGCCUCGCCAAACCUAUUCGCCCUCGAGCUCACUCCACUUUGGACUCGCCUUGCGAUCCAGAACAUCCUCGCAUCUUCCACAUGUUUUGGACUGGGCCAUUUACAGAUAAGCCCUAUCUCGCACUCCUGUCCUUCCUCUUCACGCAAAAUACUGGACUUCAUCUACACGCUAGCAACAAGGUCUGUCGUCCCCAAUUCUGGAUGUGGAUUAACCCUGGUCCUGCUGCUGCCGUCCCUAACCCAUCUGCCGUCCGCGAUAUGUAUGCCCAACUACGAUUGAACCCAUGGGCAUCGCCAUUCCUGCAUCCAAAAUUUAAGGACAUUAUUAAAUUCAAGAUGUGGAAUACAACGGAACAACUGGAUGGUGUCCAAGAGUUGAAAGAUGAAUGGCGGUCGAGAGAUCUGUUUAAUUCGGGUGGGGUAGUCAUCAAUGUCCCAUCCAAAGUCAAAGAAGGUCUUAUCACCGGGCCCAACGGGACGACCGCUGAACCAUCUGCGACGAGGAAGGCAAGCAAAACUGGAGAGGACGAUAUGUUGAACCGCACAGGAUCCAAAUCUCUCUCAACCUAUGAUCGUCUUUCGGUCAUUUUGUCUGAUAUGGCGCGAUUUAUUCUUUGCCAUCGGUUCGGAGGCAUCUACCUCGACGCAGAUACAAUAUUUCUACGUGACUGGGAAGAACUAUGGGGAUGGAGAGGCGCAUUUGCGUACCGAUGGUCGCGGUUGGAGAAGUAUAACACUGCGGUCUUACGGCUGAACAAGAAUUCUGCGCUGGGCAAAUUCCUCUUUCGAACUGCGCUAAGGAACAAUCUGGACUUCCAUCCAAUGACCGUGUCACGGUAUACCAAGGAAGCACACUUGGAGGGUUUACUUCUCAGACUACCCGACGCAUUGUUUGACUCUGCCUGGCUUAAUACUGAGGAGUACCAGCUCUCGCGCCCGCCCCAACCAUUUUUUACAAGCUUUGACCAGUUUUUCGAUACGCCUCCGACGGAUAGUGCAGCUCCUCAGGCACUUGGUUUUGAUGGCUUUUUCCGAGGCGCCUUCUCAUACCAUUUCCACAACUUCUGGUGGAAACCAUUUGAUCCUGCGCGGAAUUGGCCUGAUCUUGGACCGCGCUUCGAGGAAGGCGAACGUAGAGCCCGUCAGGGUCUUCGAGCAGCUACUACAGCGAGUGGGCCUGACGCCAUUCCUCCCGAGGACGGAGGGGAGAAUGUAGAGGACGACAGACGCGAUUUAGAUUGGGCCACAGUGCUGAAGCGAACAUUCGAGUCCUAUAUCCGAGGGGAGCGGCCGAACAUGUAUGGGGAGUGGAUUCAUUGGUAA